AGGGCCCAACGUCCCCAGCGAGACGUUCCAGCUCAGCCUUCACACAUCUCUGCUUUUUCCCAGGAAGAGCAGGAAAUGGCCAAACUCCAGGGACUAGUGACAUUUGAGGACGUGGCUGUGGAUUUCACCCAAGAGGAGUGGCAGUACCUGAACCCUCCACAGAAGACCCUGUACAGAGAUGUGAUGCUGGAGACCGUCAGCAACCUGGUCUGUGUGGGGCAGCAGGUUACUAAGCCAGACUUCAUCCUCAAGUUGGUGGUGGAAGAGCCUUGCCAGGCAGAAGGAAAAAUCCCAAUUUGGACCUUUUCGGAAGUCUGCAAAGUUGAAAAACAGAUUGAGAGACAGCAUCAGGAUGACCAACAUAAAUGUCCAUUGACGCAAGUUGGAUUCUCUGACAAGCAAACAAUUACCACCAGGAGUGGCUGUGUCUCUAAUGAAUUUGGGAACACACUAUAUCUGAGUACAAAGAUUGCUGCUUCAAUGCCAAGACCCCAUACACAUGAAUCAUUUGGAAAUAAUAUUGUAGAUGAUUUAAACUUAUUUAGUGGAAGCUUUGCAGAAAAGAAGCAUGAUAAUGGACAUGCAAGAUUAUUCUUCCACCCCGAGUAUGAGAAAACAAACCCUGGAGUGAAACCCUGUGGAUAUAAAGAGUGUGGGAAAGCCCUCAGGCAAAAGAAAGGUCUUAGUGUACAUCAGGGAAUUAAAAAUGGAGAGAAGCACUUUGAAUGUACUGUGUGUAGGAAAACAUUCAGCACGGAAUCACACCUCGUUAUACAUUGGAAAACGCAUACGGGAGAGAAACCCUUUGGAUGUACUGAAUGUGGAAAAGCCUUUAGCCAAAAAUCUUGGCUUAUUAGACACCUGAGAGUUCAUACGGGAGAGAAACCCUUUGGGUAGAGACCCUUUAAGUGUUCCGAAUGUGGGAAAGCCUUCAGAGAAAAGGCAGCUGUCAUGGCACAUUACAGGACUCAUACAGGAGAGAAACCUUAUGAAUGUAAUGAAUGUGGGAAAGCCUUCACUCGGAAGUCAACCCUCAUUGUCCAUCAGAAAACCCACCCAGGAGAGAAAACCUACAAAUGCUAUACAUGUGGGGAGUCUUUCCUACAAAAGCUUGAUCUAAUUAUACAUCUUAGUACUCAUACAGGAAGGAAUCCCCAUGAAUGUAGUGAGUGUAAGAAAACUUUCAAGUCUAAGUCAACCCUUAUUGUGCAUCAGAGAACUCAUACAGGAGAGAAACCCUACAAGUGCAAUGAAUGCGGAAAAGCAUUUUCCUACAAACCAUAUGUCAUUGUGCAUCAAAGAAUUCAUACAGAAGAAAAACCCUAUGAAUGUAAUGAGUGUGGCAAAGCCUUCAGACACAAGUCAACACUCGUCUCACAUCAGAGAAUUCAUACAGGAGAGAAACCCUACGAAUGUUCUGUUUGUGGCAAGGCCUUCAGAGGAAACUCAGCAUUCACUGUACAUCAGAGAACUCAUACUUGAGAGAAACCUUGUGGAGAGAAAACCUAUGAAUGUCCUGAGUGUUGAAAAUCCCUCAGUGAGAAUUCACUCCUUAUUGUUCAUCAGAUCGCUCAUACAAGAGAGGAACCUUAUGAAUGUAGAGAAUGUAGAAAAGCAUUCAGUAGGAAGGCACACCUCAGUAUACUUCAGAGAAUGCAUACAGGAGACAAACUCCUUGAAUGGAAUGAAUGUCGUAAAUCCUUCAGAGAGGAAUCAACACUGCAUAUACGUCAAAGAACUCAUGCAGGUGAAAAACCGUAUGUGUGCAAUGAGUGUGGCAAAACCUUCCAAGAAAAGACAAGUUCUCUUGUACAUCAGAGAACACACACAGGAGAGUAACCUUUUGAAUGUAAUGAAUGUGGCAAAUCCUUCAGAGAGAAAUCAAUGCUGCAUAGACGUCAAAGAACUCAUACAGGAAAGAAACGUUAUGUGUCUUCAGACUGUGGAAGAGCCUUUAUCCUUAAGGGACUAGUGACAUUUGAGGACGUGGCUGUGGAUUUCACCCAAGAGGAGUGGCAGUACCUGAACCCUCCACAGAAGACCCUGUACAGAGAUGUGAUGCUGGAGACCGUCAGCAACCUGGUCUGUGUGGGGCAGCAGGUUACUAAGCCAGACUUCAUCCUCAAGUUGGUGGUGGAAGAGCCUUGCCAGGCAGAAGGAAAAAUCCCAAUUUGGACCUUUUCGGAACAAACUAAACACCUGCUCUGUGCGGCCGUCCUGGAGGGAGGAGACGGGGAAGGCGCGGCCAUCUCGCCUAGGAGCGCUGACGUCACCUGCGCGGCCGCCGUCCGUCUGCGCCUGCGCCGCGGCCUCGUCGCCUUCUCGGCCCCAUGUUGA